AUGGUUGAUUCCAUAUAUCGAAUUGCAUCGGCAUUGGAAUCUGCUAAAGUUAUCACUAUGGAUGCCGCUGCUAUAGCUACUUCAAAGCUUGGUGAAACCUCCUAUACUACUUAUUCCAAGAAUAUCACACCUGAACAAUUAAGCAAUUUGUUGAAUUCCAGGAAUCCUAGAGAAAUUAAAGAUGGUAUGAAACGUAUAAUUUCGGUUAUGGCAUCAGGAGAAACUACCAUAGAUGUAGAGUCGUAUUUUGCCGAUGUUGUAAAGAAUAUUAUAUCUGAUGAUGCCAAAGUAAGAAUAAUGGUUUGCAUAUAUCUGUUGAGGUAUGCCGAGAGGGAUCCAAAUUUAGCACUUCUGUCAGUGAAUUCAAUUCAAAAGACCCUUUCAGAUGUGGAUCCUGAGACUAGAUGUUUCUCACUCAAGGCACUCUCUGAUAUGAAGAUUCCAUCACUAUUCCCAGUAGUGUUAUACACUUUAAAGAAGGCAGUAACUGACCCAUCUGCAAGUGUACGUGGUGAGGUUGCUUUUUCCAUGUUGAAACUCUAUAGGGAGGAAGGUGAAGAAGUUGUAGAGGAAUUGGAGCCGUUAUUAAAGGUAUUAUUGUCCGAUGCUGAUCCAUUAGUGGUAUCUUCGGCUAUUGUAGUGCUCAAGAAAUGUUUCCCUCAACAUUUGGAUUGGCUUCAUGGACAUUUUCGCUACUACUGUGAAAUUAUGCGUGAAUUGGAUCCAUGGGCCCAAAAUUCUAUGAUUGAUCUGUUGGUUUCCUACUGUAAACAAUUUUUACCAAGACCUACAGUUGUCGAUGCGUCUGCUUCUGCUGAUGGCGUUCAAUCUGCGAUUUUACUUCCUGAUAGAUUUAACGAAAUUCAAUUUCCUGUUUAUGACGUGGUGAACCAUCCGGAUUUGACACUCUUCCUACAGAGUUUGGAACCUCUAAUCCACAGUAUGAACCCAUCGGUAAUCUUAUCAUCUUCCAAUGCAUUUUACCAACUAGCUACGCCAAUGCAAUUUAAAAAGUCUGAAUUCCCACAGGCGUUGGUUAGAACGAGUGUAUUCUCAAAUAAUAUCGGUGUAAAGAGCUCCUUACUUCAGACUAUCUUAAUUUUAUCAUCAUUGGACUCAUCAUUAUUUCUUCCAUAUACGAAGAAAUUCUUCGUUCUACCAUCUGAUGACACCAGGGUCGCAUGCCUAAAGUUAAAGAUUUUAUCCAAUUUGAUCAAUGAAUUUAAUGUGAGAGUCAUUGUAGAUCAAUUGAAAUAUUAUAUUUCAACCUCACAGUGUCCGGAAUUGGUAAUUACAGCAGCAAACACCUUGGCGGUUUGCGGUCAAUUAUCAGUCAGAUGGGAAUCUCAUGUAAUGAAAUGGUUCAUCUCUCACAUGGAAACGAGUAAGUUGCCCAAUGCAGUUCUGGAUUCUUAUGUUAAUGUUAUACGUCUGUUGAACCCAAAAAGACAUCUAAAGACGAUAAUGAAACUGUCAGAGGUCUUAGAAUCUCGUAAAUUACUGGCGGAUAAUGUUCGUGCUGGUAUUGUAUGGCUUUUUGGUGAGAUAGCCGCUGUGGCAUACAAAAUCUGUCCAGAUGUUUUGAGAAAACUGAUACCGCAUUUUUCCUUUGAGGGGCCAGAAACUCGAAAUCAGAUAUUGCUGCUAGCCGCCAAGCUUCUUUCUUAUGAUAUCGAUAAUUUCAGGGAAAGCGGUGAUGUUAAUGAAUAUGAUCUCGAUAAUUCUAGAAUUGGGCAACUUUACAAAGCUGUAGCGUAUUUGUCAGAAUUUGAUGGGGACUAUGACAUUAGAGACAGAGCACGCUGUUAUUCAUCGUUAUUCCUUACUAGAAAAUUUGAAAUUGCUACUCUUUUACUACAAGCGCCCAAGCCUUCUCCGGUAGCAGCAUCACUCUGGUCACCUUCCUCUAAUGGUGAGCAAGACCUAGAUUGGGAAAGUGUUGGGCUUGAUAAAAAUCUGCAAGAGUUCCAUAGGAUGCUCCCUUGGAAUGAAAAUAUUCCCGAAACAGAUGAUGACCUUAGGAAACCUGCUGCUCUUAAGGAUUAUUCGAGAUAUAAGAAAAGCUUUUCUUCGGAUUCGUUUGCAGGUAAAAAUGUUUCUGGAGGAAUUAAUUCUGUAUCUUCCGGUGAUUGGCCAUUGCAGCCUACCAGCAGACAGAUUACUGCGACUGCUGCUGCUGCACCAGCGAAGAAAUAUCGUCUACAGAGUUUAGAAGAAUUCUUUUCAGAUAUUCCAUCUAAACAGACGAACAAGCCCAAGAGAAAAAUUGUGAUAGAGAGCUCCAGUGGGGAGGAUGAUGAAGAGUCAUCCUCGUCUGAUGAAAGUGAAAGCGGUGACUACAGAGGAGAUGAAGAUGAGUCUUCUUCAUCUGAUGAAAGCGAAGGUGGUGACGACAGAGGAGAUGAAGAUAAAGGUGGUGACAAAAACGACGAUGGUGAUGAAGAUAAUGCUUCAUCAUCCUCAGGAUAA